CCGGAAAGUGAGGUCAAACUUGCCUUUGACGCCGAUGAACGAGUCCGUCGCCCCCGUGCACAAGGCGCCCGAGCUCCAGGUCACGACCUUCCGCGACUUCCAGACCAACUGCACCCUCCUCGAGAACUCCCUCCGCGACGGCGGCUCGGACCCGCGCCCGGACCUGCUGAAGCUGCAGACCUGGGUCCGCUGGGUCAACGACGGCCACGGGUCGCCGGCCCACGAAACGUACCUCUACUCGACGUCGCUGCCGCGCGUCGCCAAUGGUUUCUUGCGCCGGUCCUUUGCGCGCUUCCCGGACGGCGACGUGCUCACGCAGAUCGUCGGCUUUCUGCGCGAGCUGGCCAUGCACCUCGUGCGUCGCCUGCACAAUUCGACGCAGCUCCUCGCCGACAUUGAGACCUUGCACGCGCUCCUCGAUCCGAGCCACAACUUUUACAUGUACCAUGGCGUUCCGGCGUGGAACACGGAGAUUGAGCUCGACGAAGAAGCCGUUGGUGACGCGAUACCGAUGUCCACGCAGGUGGGCGACGCCGUUGACGCGUACCAUGCAGGCAAGCACGUGUGGCUGCAAGGCGUCGUCUUGGACGUGAAGGGCGAUGGCGACGAGGCGUACGUGGGGUUUUACGGCCUCGAGCCGACAGGCGAUCGCUGGCUGCCGCGCGCGCAUCUCGCACCACUCGGGGCCAAGACCAAAGAGCACCGCCGUGGCCACGGACCGAUCCGCACCGAGCUCGACGAGGACAUUCCCGACGCCAACGACAGCGACCGCGCGCCGUACAUGUGCGCGCUCCUCCGUCCCCGCGUCCCGUGCUCGCGCUUCUUUGUGGACGUCCUCAACGCGUUUGGCAGCGUCGGCGGCUUCCAAAAGCUCCCGCUCUUUGUGCUGCAGCCGCCCAUCAACGUGGCCAUGAUCGCAACCAUCGUGUCGCUGAUCGCGAACGUACUGCCGUGGGUCACGCGGCCCCUCGCGCACCAGCUCGUGCGGCAGACCGAGGCGUCCUUGCACUUGCACUGCCCCGACAUGGAGCUCCGCAACAUGACCAAGCCGAUGAUGGACACGCUGCACGCGGGCUUCAAAAAGAUCUGCCGGCGCCUCUAUGUGCGCGUCGAUGCAUCGCGCAAGGCGGACGAGCUCCUCCUCGGGCUUUGUCUCCGCUGCCUGCAAAGCGACGUGCUCGAGCACCGCCUCCACGGUCUGCGCUGCCUCACCGACUUUUUGCCGCUGAUUCGCCACGCCAAGGCGCACCCGCUCGGCGUCAAGCUCGUCGCGUCGUCGCUGGCGUCGUCGUACCCGAGCCCAGCGUCGUCGGCGUCCUAUGUGCUCAUUUCGCUGCCGAUCUCCGAGGCUACCGACGAGGCGUCGCUCGCGACAUGGUGUGAGACGCACCAAAUCCUCUCGCUUCUCUGCAGCGCGCACGAGCAGCUCAUUCGGCGCGGCGUUGACGUCGUCCGGUUCUUCUGCGAAGCGCACCGCUUUGGCCUCGCCGAGCUGCACCAGGUGUGGGACGCGGUCCUCGCCACCUCGACGGGCGCCGAUGUCCGCGCGAGUCUCUUCUUCCUCCUCGAGUCGAUCGUCGCGUGGCUCUCUGUGCCUGUUUGCAAGGAGCUCCUCCGGCUCUUGACGGCCUACCCGACCCCCAGCGUGCACGUUGUCAAUUUGGUGGGCAGCAUCGCCAAGCACGCCCCGAUGGAUGACCACCUGCAUCUCGAGCCCCGAUUGCAGCUGGCGCCGAUCGAAGGCGACUUGUUCUCGAUCCAUGCGGCCUGUCGCUGCGAAGCCAUCGAGCUUCUCUGGGGGUACCUCCACGACACGACGGACGACGGACGGCGCCAGCUCUACGAGCCGGCCAAAGCGCAGCUCCAAGAAAGCAUCGACGCCAACAUUGAUGCGGACGACCACCCGUCGCUGCUGGACGAACCGAGUCUGAGCCCGCUCGUGCUCGACGGCAUCGUCGUCCUCUUGACGCAGUGCGUCGCGCGCGUCACGGCGCACGCCGAUGUGCCGCAGGCGCUCGGGAUUCUUGGCUACCUCCUGCAUCUCUUCCCUUCGGACCACUGGAAGCUUGAGAUCAUCUCGUGGCUUCAUGCGCGCCACAUUGUCCAGCACAUUUUGGACGACUUGGUCGAUUUCAAAGCGUCUUUGGCCAGCGCCAGCGAGACGGACGACGCACUCGAGGACAUGAACGCCGCGCUCUUGCGUCGUGGCAGCCACGUGGACUUUACGUCGCACCUCAAGGCCCGCCUCGGGUUCCUCUCGCUGCUGUGCGAGCUCGUGCCGCAGUCGCUUAGCGUCAUGCCGUCGCACUUGAGCGUGCUCUGGGACACGCUUCUGGUGCGCAGCGUCCUCCCGUCCGAGCGCAGCAUGCUCUUCAAGUGGUUGCUCGCAAACGCAAUGCACUUGACAAACGACGCGGUCGCAUAUGUGUUCGAGUCGCUCUUGAGCGACGUGGCCUUUCUCAAGAGCCCGUCCUUGAGCCCGCUCGCGCUCUCGUGCGUCCUCUGCUACUUUCGUCUGAUGAACGACCAAGCGGGCACGCUUCUUCUCGCGCCGUCCGCCACGACCGCGCCGUGCACAACGAACGCGUUAGUGAUUCAGUCGCUGCCUCUGCGCGGCAUGGACGCGCUGCUCACGAUGCUGCUCGAGGCGUCGCAUGCGACGGUCGUGGCGCAGACGCUGCGGUUCGUGGCGCUUUUGCCGUUCAAGCUCGGGCCGACAGCAGGCACAUUGGACCUCGUGACCUUGAGCUUGGAGCGAUUGGAGCCGCCGACGCUCGAGCGCGCACUGCUCUUGCUGACGACGUUUGUCGGCACGGACGUGGCGUCGGCGACUGCUCUCGCCAACGGGAGCUGGGUGCCGCACAGCAGCAACUCGCGCGGCCAAAUGCUCACGCUGCUGCUCUCCAACUCGAUCAAGGGCACGCCCACGGUCGGCGCAAAAGUGCCGCUUGUCGUGUACGCCAACGACACGGUGCUGCAGAUGCAGGUGGCGGCGACGCUCGCGCUGCAAGUGCCCAUGGCCGUGCAGUACCUGCGCUUCUUCCGCGCAGGUCGCGAGAUCCAAGAGCUCACGCGCUGCCUGUCACUGUCCGACGCCGGGUUCAAGGACGGCGACACGAUCCUCGUCUCGCAGCGACCGAAUCUGACGCCGGCGAGCGCCAGCGACUACGACGUGCCGAUUGUGUUGUCGCCAUCGUUGUUUCCCAAGCUAUUGAGUCUCAUGGACUCGCACGUCGAGGCAUGGAACCUCUUACUGCGGCUGCCGACGCCCGCGUCGGUCGUCGAUGCCAUCCGCAAGCAUGAACGCGAGUGGUCGGCGCUGCUGUCGUCAAGCCACCCGUCGCAGCUGCUGUACCGUCUUCAGGUCCUCGACGGGCUCUUGGCGGAGAGCAGCUUUUUGGACGCGUUUGUGGCGACACACGGACCCGCGUGCAUCCUCCAGACGUUCCUCUCGCUGCGCCACGACAGCGGCCCGUCGGGCUUUGAAGCGUACGUGCGGCACGAGUCGGCGUUGGUGUGUCUCCGGCUCCUCACGCGCUUCCUCUCGGACGGCGCGACCGUGCAGUUCCCCAAACAGCUCGAGUGGGAUGCCGACUUGUGGGUGGCGUCGGACCUCGCGACGCUGCCCGCUCGGGUCCUCGCCGCGUACGUCGACUGUGUGACGCCGUCGACCGGCACGUCGUUGCGCAUCGAAUGGGCACACGACGACAUGGCGGCGCUCUGCAACGCGUGCCAGCUCUGGAUGGAGGUCUGCGUGCAACACGACCUGCACGGCCUCCUCGAUACGCUCUGCAAGCUCUAUGUGCUCGCAGCCUCGACGUUCCAGCAACUCCCGUCGUCGACCGUGCUCCACGGCCUCGUCAGCACACAGCGACCGAUCCGCCUUCUCAUUGCGCAUACGCUGGUGCUCUUGGCAAGAGCCUCGGACGCGGGUCUGGACGCCGACCGAGCGGCUGCGAUGGUUGGCUUGUUGCGCGCUUUCGACGGCGACUCGGUCGAGUACGUGACGCUGCUCGGGCUCUUCGUCCUCGCCGCGGGCGACCGCGUGGCGAACGUGGCCGCGCUCUUUGAAUCGUAUGCGGCGCGCGUCUCGUCCCCCGCGACCUCGGCGACGUUCCUCAGCGACGUGCCGCACACGCAGCUGUUUGGGGACCUGGCGCCGACACCGCUCGAAGGCGCGCUCUUUGUUUUGCGAUGCACCCUGGACAGCAGCCGUGCACUGCAGACGUUCCAGCCGCAGCUGCUCCUCGACCUCUGGCAUCUCGGCCUGUUUGCCUACCCGACGGCCGACAAAACACUCUGGUACCCCCGCUGCAGCACGCCGUCGAGCCGCCACGCGGCGUUCCAGCUGCUCUUGGAUCUCUGCAGUAUGCCGUCGACAACGUCGCUCUUGGAGAACGGCAACCUGGCGUUCGUGAUGGAGCAAGUGCCGCCGGUUCUGGCGACGCUCACGCGCGUGUACGAGGACUGGGAGUGGGCGUUUGACCCGCACAGCGUCAUGAAGUCGAGCACGGGGCGCGUCGGCCUGCGCAACCUCGGCUGCACGUGCUACCUCAACUCGACGCUGCAGCAGCUGUUUUACAUGCCGCGCUUCCGCGACGCGAUCUUGUCGCUGCCUACGGACCCGGACAUGGACGUCGUGACGCAGACGCAGCGGCUCUUUGCGCACUUGGCCGCGACCGAGCAAAAGUGCGUCGACCCGACGCCGCUCCUCCACUGCCUCCACGACGAAGCCGGCGGCCCGCUCAACGUCAUGAUGCAGCAGGACGCCGAGGAGUUUUUGACGCGCUUCGUGGACGGUGUGACCGAGUACCUCAAGACGACGAGUGCGCAUACAAACGCCCUCGACGCGGUGUUUGGCGGCACGCUCUGCACGCAGCUGUGCUGCCAAGGCGGGUGCGGCUCGGUGCGCGAGACGGCAGCGACCUCGUUUGUGUGCAUGACGGUCGAGGUCAAGGGCCACGAGAGUCUUCUCUCGAGCUUGCGCACCUGGAGCGCCGGUGAGAUGCUCAGCGGUGUCAACUGCGACGCGUGUGGGAGCAAGCAGGACACGAUCAAGCGCGACUGCGUCGAGACGGCGCCCGAGACGCUCUUGCUGCACCUCAAGCGGUUUGAACUCAACUUUGACACGUUUCUGCGCGAAAAGGUCAACGACGCCUUUGCGUUCCCGAUGACGUUGGACCUGUUUCCGUACACGAAGGCGGGCCUCGACGCGCCGGACGCGACCACGCCGACGCUGUACGACCUCGUUGGGUGCGUCGUGCACCUCGGCAGCACCGAGUCGGGCCACUACUACUCGCUCGUGCUGGACCGCGUCUCGGGCAAGUGGCUCGAGCUCAACGACGACUCGGUCUCGUUCUUUGAUCUGCGGCUCCUGGAAACCGAGUGCUUUGGCGGGCCCGAUGCGUCCGGAAGUCUCGUCCUCAACACCAAGAGCGCGUACAUCCUCGUGUACGAGAAGCAAGGGGCGACGGCAUCGCUCGCGACGGCGUCGCUGCCGUCGGGGCUCGCCGACGACCUCCGCCGCGAAAACAAGGCGUUUGUCCAAGCGUGUUAUGCGCACGACCCCACGUUUCUCGCGUUUCUGAGCGCCCUCCUCACGCGCCUCCCGCCCACAGAGAGCGACGUUGCCAGUGACGCGCCGCUGUCACCGUUUUUGCACGCGUGUGUGCGCGUCAUGCACGUCUACGCGCGCGCGCACGUGCUCCAGCCGUUGCCGCUGAUCUCGCUCUUGACGCACCAAGUGCGGUCGCCGGCGCUGUGCCAAGCGCUGCUGGCGCAGUACGCGUCGCACCCGUCGCAUGUCGUCGAGAUGCUCUUGUACUGCCCCAAGACGGCGGUGCGGUCCGAGUUUGCGGCCUUUCUGAGCCACUUGGUCGUCACGUCGCUGCCCCUCGAAGGCGAGUUGCUCGCACUCGGGCUCACGGGGCCGUCGCUCUUUGGGAAGCUCCUCGACCAGCUCUUCACGCUCUCGAUGCUCGAUGCGAUCGUGCUGAGCUGGCGCACGAUGGGCGAGUUCUUUGCGUUUUUCAAAGCCGCCGCGCUCGCCGACGGGCGCUGCCGCGACCUCAUGCGCAUGCACAAGUGCGGCAUGUAUCUCCUCGACCUCUUCCUCGGCGAAGCGAGCCCGCUCAUCGGGUCGGUCUACCCGCCCUACUCGCGCAAGCGGCUGCCCAAGGUCCCCGGGAGCCAAUUGACACCGCUUUUGGAGCUCGUCGCAGUGCUCUACGAAGGCCAGUCACCGAGCAGCUUGGACGCAGAGACGCGGUCGUGCCUCCUCCUCAAGACGCUGUACGUGCGCAUGUUUCAGUGCGCCGAGCACGCCAAAGCCCUCGCGACGCUUCUUGUCGAGUGGUGCACCGAGUGGGACGCGUUUACCAACUCAGUCAUUGACGUCGUCGGCCACGUGCUCUCGACGCUCCAGAUCUCGACGACCUCGAGUCUCGUCGGGCUCUGGGUCGUCCUCGACCCGUUCUUUCAACUCACCGACUCGCUCCAAGGCCGGCGCGCGCACGACUGCCUCGUGCUCAUGUGGCGCAGCAUCCAGUCGCACCGCGGCGUCCUCGCCCAGGCGCAGGCGAUCGGGCUGCUCCUCGCGCUCGGGUCGGUCCAUGCCCACGUCGACGCCGAGCUCCAAGCGACCCUCGGCGUGUGGGGGCCGUGGGUCGGACCGCUGCUUGCGAGUGUGCGCAAGCAGCCGUGGGCGUUUGACGUGACAACCUCGGAUGGCGUCGCGCUCGAGUGGUGCCACGCGCUCUCGUUCGACCGCGUCGCCCAGUACAUUGCCGAAGCCAACCUCUGCGUUCCGUGGCUCGAGGCGCCGGCCGACGACGACGACGACGACCGCGCCGACGCCGACGCGACGGCCUUUUUGUGGGACAACAGCAUCGACUAGGCAACGUGUAUAUCCAUGUAUUCUCGUAUUCUCAAGUCUACUCGACGGCAA